GCGACGGUGGAGAUGCAGAGCGAAAUGAUUGGGGAACUACUUGGAUAUCUUCGCGUAGAGGGAACAGCGAAAGGAAAGCGUAGGGAAAAUGUUGUUGGACGUGCUGUGAGCUAACACAUCGUCUACCGUCGGGUUACCGGGACGUGUCGGAGGUGAUCUAGCGUCAUCAUUGAUCACGCUGGUGCUUCAUGUGCAUGUUCUUCUUGCAGAUAUCAAUAUUGUCUGCCUCAUAUCCCCCGUCCCGAUCCAGAAAAUCCAUUGCGCCAAGCUUAAAUGCCUCGUGUGCACGCGAAGCCUCGGCCCUUGAAGAUCUGACCAAAGCCUAUUGUGCCCCAGGCCAUUGUGCAAAGCCAAUUAAACGCCCAGAAGACUCGGACAUCUAUACUGUCUCCAUCCUCGGCAACCCCAACACCGGUGCCCUCAUCAUGGACUCCCUCGAAAUCGCGUCCUACCUUAAGAAGACAUACGGAAAGUGGAUUAUGGGCGAUGCCUUUUCAUAUGCAGACGUCAUUGUUGCUUCUUGGCUACUGGUGUACAAAUGAGUUAAAGGAGGAUGAAUGGGUCCGGCCUACCUUCUUGGAAUGGGGGGAAAUGGGGGGAAGUCCUUGCAAAUGUUGAGAAAGAGUGGAAAGUGCUUCAGAAUUCUUAAAGACCUGCGCGUGUA